UGAUAACUAGCGAUUCGCCGUGGACAACAGCAUUCUCUCUCACUGUGUCUGCUGGAGCUCAAUGUUCGAAUGAAAUCCAGUGUCUUAUCGAUUGCCCUGGUCUGUCCUGCUGGAAGUAGGGAGUACACAGUGGAGGUCUGUCUUAGACACAUGUAGGCCUGUGUGUGUUGUGGUUAAGGUGGAAUCUACUGGAUUGUACAAGGAUAGACUUAUUGUCGUAAUCCAUCACAAUGGAAGAAUUAUCCUGAUAACGAGGAAGCGAAACCGUCGAUGAAAUGAUUAACGAUGGAGUCUGAGCACGAUAAGUUGGCUGAUUGGAUAUCUCCAUGACAAGGAAGCUUUCCACACUAACACCAUGCUGAAUAUGAAUGAGGUGGUGACAAUGGUGUGGGCUGUUUUAUCUUCCGUCAUUCCAUCCACAGGUCUGGGCGCUGGCUGUGAAUGCAUUACCUACGACAAUACUUACGGUAAAGAAUAUGGUGUGUUUACAUCUCCCAACUGGCCCGUCCCCUACGAAGAUAACACAGAUUGUAUCCUGUAUACCUUUAUAGCUGGAGAAGACGAAAUAGUCGAGAUCACGUUUGACGAAUUUGAUCUACAAAAAACAAAUUUAGAUUGUAUAUAUGGAGAUUACGUGAAGUUAUUUCUUCAUUUGAAAGAAAGUUCCGUUAACGAACAUACACCAUGGAAUUUAGUGAUGUGUGGAAAAUUGGGUGAUAUCGAUCAGACACAUUAUUCAUCAAGUUAUUCGCUUGUUUUUGAAUUCCAUUCUGAUUGGAGGCAAGGAAAUAACACCGGUUUUCGCGGAACUUAUCGAUUUCUUAGCCAAAAAAUGUUUGAAACUCAAGGAAAUUUAAAACCAGGAACUCUUUGUGAUUAUCAGUUCUUCAGUGGCAGUACUAAUCAUUCGAGGGGGAAGUUUUACUCCCCUCAAUAUCCCAGUACCUAUCCGAAAGACAUUAAGUGCACUUAUCGCUUCAUGGCCAGAUAUAACGAACGGGUUAAAGUGAUGUUUGAACACAUCCGAUUGCAAAGAGGUGAUUUGAGUUGUCUGAACAGUCCCGAUGUCAUUAUGGUAUACGAUGGAGAAGACAACAAUUGUCUAGUAAUAGGGGAAUUGUGCAACACAAACACAUUUGUAGAAUAUGUAUCUACGGGUUCGGAUAUGUUUAUAGAGUUUCUCAGCAGAAGUCAUUUCCCAGGACAAGGUUUUAAAGGAGUUUAUACUUUCGAAGAUGAAAGUACCGUAGUUUCUUAUGUCGAUGUGCCAUCCAUUGAAUCAGUAAGAAGAACUUUGGAGUAUCACACGACAACAGUACUACCAGCAACCAGCUGUGAUCAACGUAUAACCAGUGACGUUACUAAAAAUGGAACCUUUACUAGUCCCAACUAUCCCGAGCCAUAUCCAAUGCACAUCCACUGCACUUAUCACUUUAUGGGAAGAGGAAAAGAAAGAGUACAGAUUUUUUUUACGGAUUUCGAUUUACAUAUGUCCCAUGAACCAUCAAAAGAUUGCGAUUCAGUUGAUGCAGUUAUGGUCUUUAUAACAAUUAAUGGACAAAAAGAAAGAGUAGAUAAUUUCUGUGGUAAGGAUCUUCCUGCCCAGUUGAUGUCUAAUGGAGCUUCGAUGAUUGUAGAAUUUCGAUCCAUACAUUCGUCUCCGGAUGUAAAAGGAUUUAGAGCAAUAUACAGAUUUGUAACAAAUUUCGGAAUAACAGGUUUCAAACAAGAUUCGCAAUCUGUGUGUGGUUUCAUCUUUAAUAGUACAGAACGCUCUAACGGUACGUUUACAACUCCUAAUUGGCCAGGAUACUACCCUAGAGACACUGAAUGCCAUUAUUUCUUUUAUGGGCAAGCGAAAGAAAAAGUUCAUAUUACUUUUGCGUAUUUUGACGUGGAUGGCAUACCUCCAUGCACUACCGAUUCAGCCAGCGAUUACGUGGAAUUUUCCAAUUUUAAAACCGUGGAUAGAAAAUUGGCAAGACAUUGCGGUCAUAAAAAACCAAAAGUGAUCGAUUCUGAUGGAGAUUUCUUUCGCGUCACUUUUAAAUCCAAUGAUAAAUUCGAUGGUACAGGAUUUGAGGCUUUUUACCAGUUUAGAACACAUAUGGACCCGUUUACAGUGAAAAGAGUUUCCACUUCUAACGGAAAUCACGGCCUUGUGCUGAUUCGACUGCAUUUUAUCAGAUGACAUACGGAACCAAGUUAAUCGAACUUUCGACAAACAACAGGAUAAUCUUAUCUUAAGCACAAAAAUAAAAAUUGUGUAUUUAUCGGUACGUAUUUCUUAAUUAGUUUGAUAAUGCAGGUAUGUUGAUAAAUUAAGAAUUUAACUAUUUUCUUAUUAAAAAAAAAAAAACGUUGUUAAAGAAGAAUUACUUAUACACACAGUUCUUAACAAACAUAUAGAACAUCGAUAACAAAUUUAGUUACUGUGAACGCACAGUAUAAAAUGCCAAAAUAACAAAUAAGAUAGUACAGUUUAGAUUAGGUGAAGCAGUUUUCAGCUUGUUGACAUUAAGGGCCUCUUACAGUAGUUAUAUAAAUAUCAAACACUCUAGGGAACGUAUAUAUUUCGAACAGACAACAGAAUAUUUUUAAAAAAAUAUACUGCAGUUUGUUAUCGAUUCACACGGUAUCGUAUUCAUCGCGAAUUGAUUCUUACUAUAUAAACUGUUGUUCAUAUUUCUUAUUCUCAAAUAAUAGCUAUAACUAAAGUUUCCUCUAUAACGACUUCAACACUUUAUAUUAGAAUAUUUAGCAAAACAAGCAAUAAUAUCUUACAACUGUUCUAUGUAUUUAUGAAACAGGUGUUUUUAUAUGGAUUUAAACUAUAAAGCUAAACUACUUUCGAAAUUUUUCCAUUAAAAUGAAUCUAGGAUUAAAAUCUUCAGUCGGUGUUAUAUGGGUUACAAACAAUUUUUAAUGAAAUAAGUAACACGCAGCUUUACUAUAUUUAGCUGUUUACAGUUAUAAAUAAAAAAUAAUAAAAAAACUAAGUCUGCUCCGACCUCAUCCGAGAUAAAAAUACCCAACUUUAUCUCUCAGAACUGUUACUAUGACAACCAAUUUCAAACGUGAGCCAAUGUUAUCGAUGGAGGAGGAAGAAAAGCUGCGAAGAAACAUCGUUAACCUUUUCCGUCGUCUCAUGCGUAGGCGAAUAGCUUAAAUCCUACGGAUGCGGGGGCGUUGAUUUCUUCCGACCUCUGAUCCAACCACUGCAUUGUUUUCGUCCGUAGAACUAUCGAAAAAUUCUGUUACGGGGACAAUUCCCUGCACACCGAUAUUUUCUUCCCUGAUAAAAUUUAUUGAAUUCUCUUUCAUUUAUAUUUGUUCUAAAUCGGGUGUUUAAAAUAAAUUUUAUUCUACAUAGGAUGACUUCUAAUUUUAGACAGACUUUCAAUAGAUUUUUAUGUAAUAUACCAAUAAAAUUAUUCUAUGAAAUUAUAUAAAAUCUUAUAA